UGUCCAAAUCGCCUCUCCGCAGACAAAACGCAGUUCCGUACCCGUCACUUCACUGUUCCGGUCAAUCCUUCUCCCCUCCCCUCCGCCUCCGCCCUCCGCCAUGCCGCCGGCCGGUAGCCUCACCGCCGACCAGCUCAGCUUCUUCGAGACCAAUGGGUACCUCGUGAUGGAUUCGUUCUCCAGUGAGGAGGAGAUGCGGGAGAUGCGGGACCGCAUCGCCGAGCUCGUCGCUGGGUUCGACGGUGCCAACACCAGCGUUUUCUCCACCAAGGACCAUCCACAGUUAAAGGAUGACUAUUUCUUCAAGAGCGCAGAGAAUAUCUCAUUCUUCUUUGAAGAAAAGGCGUAUGGAGAUGAUGGAUGCUUGAAACAGGCAAAAGAACUUUCAAUUAAUAAAGUUGGGCAUGCAUUACAUGAACUUGAUCCUGUGUUCAAAAAGUUUUGUUCCUCGAAGAGUAUCGCUAGCUUGUUCUCUUCUCUAGGCUACAAGAGGCCUGCCGUUAUGCAAUCUAUGUACAUCUUUAAGCAACCAGGUAUUGGUGGUGAGGUGGUGCCGCACCAGGAUAGUACAUUCCUUUACACAGAACCUAGAACAUGCACAGGGUUGUGGCUUGCACUUGAAGAUGCAACAAUUAACAAUGGUUGCCUGUGGGCAAUUCCAGGAUCACAUAAAAAGGGUCUGGUAAGGCGAAUGAUCAGAGAUGAAAAUGGUACUCAUUUUGAUCGCCCUUCCCCAUCCUAUGAUCAGAAAGAAUUUGUACCGCUGGAAGUAAAAUCAGGGGCUUUGGUGGUUAUACACGGUGAUCUUAUACAUCAGAGCUUUGAGAAUCUUUCUCCAGCGUCAAGACAUGCUUUCAGCUUACACGUAGUUGAUACUGAAGGAUGUGAAUGGUCCAAGGACAACUGGAUACAGAGGAAAACUGCCCCAGAACCGCUUUAUGUAUCUUAGACAAACCAUCCAGUUACCAGUAGUGCUGUAAAAAAACAGAGAUUCCCAGCAAGUGAUUUGUGCAUCGCUUAUCGUUGUCGCAAUAAAAUUGGGGUAUCCUGCCGUGCCAUGAUGCUUUCCUUUCACUUUUCAGCAUGUAAUAAAUACCCUUCCUUUUGGUACUGUGUUCCCAUGGAUAUAUCAUAUUUAGCAUACAAUAAAUGCCCAUUAUCAAUAUCGUGUCGAA